CAUCAACCACUCGCUGCCAUGGGGGCUCUCUGCACGGGUCACUGGGAGAGGGAGGCCUGGGAGCCCCCCAUUCCAGCUGGGGGGCGCACAGCCCCUAGGAGCCCGCUGCCCCUCCCCUCGCAGGACGCCGCGAGCAGCCAGAGGCGGAGGAGGGCGCUGCUGCAUGCCUCGCUCUGCGCCUCUCCCGGCUGCGGGGCCGCCAUGUCUCCGCUGCGCUGGGGCGCUUGGCUGCUGCUGCUCGCCGGCCCCGCAGCCUCCACCGCCAGCCCGGCAGACGAGGGCGGCGGGGCGCGGGGCGGGGGCCGCGGGGACGGGGAACGUGGGGCCGGGGACGAGCCGCAGCGGCAGCACCACGACUCCUCGUACGGCACCUUCGCCAGCGAGUUCUACGACCUGCGCUACCUCUCCGAGGAGGGUUACCCUUUCCCUACUGCUCCUCCUGUGGAUCCAUUUGCAAAAAUUAAAGUGGAUGAUUGUGGAAAAACCAAGGGAUGCUUUAGGUAUGGUAAACCUGGAUGUAAUGCUGAGACUUGUGACUACUUUCUCAGUUAUCGUAGAAUAGGAGCUGAUGUCGAGUUCGAGUUGAGUGCUGACACUGAUGGCUGGGUGGCAGUAGGAUUUUCUUCAGACAAGAAAAUGGGCGGAGAUGACGUCAUGGCUUGUGUUCAUGAUGAUAAUGGAAGGGUCCGAAUACAGCACUUUUAUAAUGUUGGUCAGUGGGCUAAAGAGAUCCAGCGAAAUCCAGCUAGAGAUGAAGAAGGGAUUUUUGAAAACAAUCGUGUGACUUGUCGAUUUAAACGUCCUGUGUAUGUUCCCAGAGAUGAAACUAUUGUAGAUCUUCACUUGAGCUGGUACUAUUUGUUUGCUUGGGGUCCAGCAAUUCAGGGUUCUAUAACUCGGCAUGACAUAGACUCACCGCCUGUAUCAGAGCGUGUUGUCAGUAUUUACAAGUAUGAAGACAUUUUUAUGCCAUCAGCUGCCUAUCAAACCUUUUCUUCUCCAUUCUGUUUGCUUCUUAUUGUUGCACUGACCUUUUAUUUAUUGAUGGGAACCCCAUGAUCACAGCUGGAUAUGUAUGGAAGAUUGUGAGAAUUUGUUAGUGAGAGUUCCUCAGGAUGGGUGCAUUUUCUGUUGGAAUUCAUAUCACAUCGUCUAGCUGCUUUGUUGACAAUUUCAUCUUCUCAGCAAGGAAAUAACCUCUCCUUUGAGCAGUAAAGGUGUGCCAAAUAAUUAAGAAUAAUCAAGGAGCAAGUAACAAACCAUUUCCAGUGUAACUACUAGUUGUUUAAUGAAAAAUACUUUUGUAAAAUGUGUGUGUGUAUGUUGGGGGGGAUUUAGUAAUGGACAUGUAGAAUCAAAUUAUUUAAUGCACAAUUUUCUUCAAGAAAUAAAAGUUGGGGAAAUAUUGUCUGUUAAAUACUUGUGGUGCAGAUAGCACACCUGUUUCUGAACUCAGUCAGGGUAAUGUCACUGCACUGAUGUUUAAUAAGGACUGCUUUGUGAUAAUGGGCUUUCAUCUCCCAACAUACUUCGAAUUUGACAAAAGCAACUCACAGGCCUAAAUGGUUCUGGUGCUUUCCAAAACCAGAAAAUGCUUCACAUUCCCAAUACAAACAAAAUUAAACUUUCCAUUACAGAAUUCUAAUAAUUGUCUAUGCUAUGAAAAUAAUUCUUAGACACAGCCAUACUUAAGAAGCUUUUUAUUCAUGAGAGAUGAUGGUAAAUAAACAAGGAAAAAGAAAAUUAAUGUUGGUAUAAAUUCUUCAUGAUACAGAAAAAUUCCUAAAAAUAUAGAAGCCCCUGCAAGCCAUAAGACAUCUUCCAAUAGGCAAAGUAUGUUUCUUUUUUUAUGAAAAAAUGUUACUUAGAUGUAAAUGUCUUUUAAACAGCUGUUUUGCAGUAACCCUAAGGUGUCUGUUCUCACCUUGCUAUGUGCCCUAAAUCCCGUUCAUGUUAAAGAUGAGAAGCAGCAGCAGCUCAUUGUUCCCAGAGCAAUGUAAACAUGAUCUAUGGUCCUAAUACGGGAAUAAAUAAAAAGAGCCUUAAUUUCAGUUCCAUCAGAGGACCAUAGGUAAAGUCAUAUUUAUCCAGUGAGGAAAAAGACAAUUCAAGCAUGACAAUAGAUUUGAAUUUUUUAUCCUUAAAAGAAGUAUUACAAAAAUGGAAAGAAAAUAGUUAAUUGUUAUUGGAAAUGGGAGUUGCAGAAAUGUAUCAAAUGAUAAAUAGAUCUUAUUCUAAAAUGUUUUGGGUUAUUGCUGUAUAUUUUCACUGUCUACAUGAUAGGGAAUUUAAGAUUACCUUAAGCUGGGAAGCAGCUGUCUCUUUAAAUACCUGAUCUUGCAGAUAACAUGCACAAAUCUUCCAUCCACUCAAGUGGGACUUCUACAUGCUUAAGGGGUUGCAGGUUCAGUCCCUAAUUUAUACUAUGGUAUUAGGCUGUUUUACCAAGAGUACACAGGGCUUGGCAUGUUUGAGAACUCUUUAGCUCUGUGUUCUUGUAGAGCAGGGGUUCUCAAACUGGGGAUCACAAGGUUAUUACACGGGGGGUCGUGAGCUGUCAACCUCCACUCCAAACCUUGCUUUGCCUCCAGCAUUUAUGGUGGUGUUAAAUAUAUAAAAAGUGUUUUUUAUUUAUAAGGGAUGUCGCACUCAGAGGUUUGCUAUGUGAAAGGGGUCACCAGUAAAAAAGGUUUGAGAGCCACUCUUGUAGAGCGUCUUCGAGAUGAUGUUUUCCUCUUAGUUACUGCAUGGUGAGGCAAUAAGAAAAAAAAUAAUUGGAGUUUUGUAAUUUUGUGCAUCAUUACUCAAUGUAAAAUUUAAAGGUUGAUUUUUUUAAGGCUUUGCAUUCUUCAAAACUAUGUGCUUAAAGUAUGUACAUUUUUGGUUUAAAUGAUUAUUUGCCUCCCUAGCAAGCUUUUUUUUAUAUUUAAAAUUGCAACAUUUGUUUCAAAAAAGGAGUAUUAGAAAAGAAGUUUAAAGUGUAAAGUGCUUCAUAAAUAGUGACUUUAUCUUGGUGCAUUUCAGUAAGUGAUCCUUUUAUACCUGAUUAACCAACUAAUUAA